AUGGUGGCAUUUUGCUCCCGACCUUUCUCGGUGACCACACAGGAAGUUAGGGGAAAUCUCCCCUGUGAUGCAGAACAGCAACAUAAACCUGAUUUUGUUCAGGCAAUCGUACCAUCCAUGUUUAUUCCAAGAUUUGCCAACACCUCUUCUUUGCUGCCUCUUGCUAAUGUCCUGAUUAGGGGGCUGAGCCAGCACAGCUGUCCCUACUCAGGGUGUUAUAUCUCAGCAGGUGGGAGCAAGGUGCUGUUUGCUCAGAGUUGUACUCUUUGUGGAUUCUGUUCAGUCACAGCAGUUUUCCAGAUGGGUAUUUCAAAGGGACUAGGCCCACUCUGCAUCUUCCUGAGUACGGAGGAAGGGGUCUCAUUUCAGACGGAUAAUGAGAUGUUCUGGUGUUCCUAUUGUAAUGGGAAUAAGUACAGAAUCCAUGCCCGAGAGAUGAAGGACCUUGGUAGUAAAUUCCAUAUAUCCUUACUCCAAAAUGGCAAGGUCUUAUUGAAGGAUUUCCGAGACAUGUAUGUAAGUUGGGUGAACUGUGAUGGAAUCCUUUACUUGGAGACAGAGAAAUGCAUCCCUGAUACAUUGUGCGAGUUUGAUGUGUUCAACGAUGGGGAGAAAGUGAUAUUAAAGGCAUCCAAUGGCCUGUAUGUUUGCAGAUCUUAUAAAAAUCGCGAAGACAUCAUUGAGGUUGGUAAAACUCGCAUUGUAGAUUGCUGCCGGCUUCGUACUGGAAUGGGUGACUUGUAUCCUCCUUGUUUCGAUAUCUCUAAUGUGGAGCUUAAUGAUCUGUCAAAACUCAGUUGCCGACCAUGUGUAAUAAAGAAAGCGAUCUUUACCAACAAGACUGAGGAGUCUGAGAGCCAUGACUUAACCCUCAGCUGGGAGAUUCGUACUACAGAGACCACCCAAUGGGAAACAACUUGGGGCCUGAAUGCCACACAUUCCACCACAGUCUCCCUUAUGGCUUUUCAAGCCUCCAUGACCUACAAUGGCACUUUCCGAAAGGUUGCAUCCACAAACCAAUCCAUUGUCGAGAAGAGGAGCAUUACGGUCAAUGUUCCAAAGCGCACCAAAGUCACAGCUCAGCUAAUUGUGUCUAAAAUGGAAAAUGCUUCGAUCCCCUUUACUGCAUUCAUCCGCAAGACAAAGAUUAGUGGUGAAACGGUCGACCUGGAGGAGAAAGGUGUGUGGCAGGGACUAGUGUAUGAUAACGUAUCUCUGGAGACCAAAGAAGAGCCGCUGUGGUGUACACUGCUGUAAAGCAUUACAGUGCAGCAAUUGAAGUCUUGGAUGCAAGUCUUAUGGCUGCUGAUGGUUCCCACCACAGGGCUAACCAUGUCCAACAAGUGUCAUUGCUGUUGACAGGUGAGACAAAGACUGCCCAAGAUAUCUUGUGGAUGUUUUAAAAAAAAAAAAAAAAUUCAACGUGAAAUGUGUUUUGAUUACACAUAUGGUAUUCAUUGCCUUUCAGCCUGGUCAGAAAAUAAGGGCACUAGUUGAUAUGGCUUGAAGCUUUGACACCUGAGUAAUAUUCUAUAUGACCCAGCUUCUUAUGCAAGAAAUACAAAGAAGAUCUGAACUCUGCUCAGCUACAACACUUUUGCAGUAUCAUUGGGGUUGGGUCCCCAGGAAUGUUUGGGGGGUGGGGGUCUGUGGUGCUGUUGACUUAAUGUGUGUGUAUAUUCAUGUACUCAUGUUGCUGGGACACUGCUGUUCUGUAUUUGCACUUUUACAAUUCUAAAAAAACGACUAUUUAAAAAUAAAAGCAGUCUGCACUGAAA